UUCUCUGCUGCAUUUCCCAAAUCCAAAUUAUUCUCUCUACACCACUAAAACCCUCACUGGUCCUCUCUCCUACACAACAAAAGCACAUAAAAAUCCAAAAUCAAAUUCAAAUUUCAGCAGCAAAAAUGCGUGAGAUUUUGCACAUUCAAGGAGGUCAGUGCGGGAACCAAAUCGGAGCCAAGUUUUGGGAAGUUAUCUGUGCCGAACACGGCAUUGAUUCCACCGGAAGGUAUGCAGGAGACAAUGAUCUUCAACUGGAGCGGUUGAACGUUUACUAUAACGAAGCGAGUUGUGGAAGGUUUGUUCCACGCGCCGUCCUCAUGGAUUUGGAGCCUGGAACUAUGGAUAGUGUCAGAUCUGGGCCUUAUGGUCAGAUUUUCCGGCCCGAUAACUUUGUUUUUGGACAGUCUGGUGCUGGUAAUAACUGGGCCAAGGGUCACUACACUGAGGGAGCCGAGCUUAUUGAUUCGGUUCUCGAUGUUGUGAGGAAGGAGGCUGAAAACUGUGACUGUUUACAAGGUUUCCAGGUUUGUCACUCUUUGGGAGGUGGAACUGGGUCAGGAAUGGGAACUCUCCUUAUUUCAAAGAUCAGGGAGGAGUACCCAGAUAGAAUGAUGCUUACCUUCUCUGUUUUCCCUUCCCCCAAGGUUUCAGACACAGUUGUUGAGCCCUAUAAUGCUACUCUCUCUGUUCACCAGCUUGUUGAGAAUGCUGAUGAGUGUAUGGUGUUGGAUAAUGAAGCUCUUUAUGACAUUUGCUUCCGCACUCUCAAACUUACUACACCGAGCUUUGGAGACCUAAACCAUUUGAUUUCUGCCACCAUGAGUGGUGUAACUUGC